AUGUACAUAGAUACACUCACACAUCCCCACAAACAAUAUAAUAUUAGCCAGCCUUUAAAAAACAAAGUCCUCCCGAGGCUGGCUGUCUCUGGGAGGGCGGAGGGAGACUCUCUAGGCGGGGGCUGGGCCGGGAAGGCGGCAGCGGCGGGCGGAGCCGGGGCUGGGGUGUCCCAGGAGAAGCAGUUCCCACCGGCGUUGCUAAGCUUCUUCAUCUACAACCCGCGCUUCGGCCCGCGCGAAGGAGAGGAGGAAAAUAAAAUUUUGUUUUAUUAUCCAAAUGAAAUAGAAAAGAAUGAAAAAAUUAGAAAUGUCGGAUUAUGUGAAGCUAUUGUGCAAUUUACAAGGACCUUUAGUCCAUCAAAACCUGCAAAAUCUUUACUUACACAGAAGAAUAGACAGUUCUUCAAUGAACCAGAAGAGAAUUUCUGGAUGGUCAUGGUUCUUCGGAAUCCUAUAAUUGAAAGGCAAAGUAAAGAUGGAAAACCAGUUGUUGAGUACCAAGAGGAGGAAUUGCUGGACAAGGUUUACAGUUCAGUGCUGCAACAGUGCUACAGCAUGUACAAGCUAUUUAAUGGUACGUUUGUGAAAGCCAUGGAAGAUGGAGGUGUCAAGCUCCUAAAAGAAAGAUUAGAAAAAUUCUUCUAUCGGUAUUUGCAAAUGUUGCAUUUUCAGUCUUGUGAUCUGCUUGACAUUUUUGGGGGAAUCAGCUUCUUCCCAUUGGAUAAAAUGACUUAUUUGAAAAUCCAGUUGUUUAUUAGCAGAAUGGAGGAAAGCCUGAGUAUAGUCAAAUACACUGCCUUUCUCUAUAACGAUCAACCCAUCUGGAGCGGAUUAGAGCAGGAGGACAUGAGAAUGUUACACAAAUACCUCACCAUGUCUUUAUUCCCGAGGCACAUGGAACCUGAGUUGGCAGGAAGGGAUUCUCCGAUAAGGUCAGAAAUGCCAGGAAAUCUACAGCAUUAUGGAAGAUUUCUUACUGGACCCUUGAACCUUAAUGACCCAGAAGCAAAAUGCAGAUUCCCUCAAAUUUUUGUGAACACAGAUGAAACUUAUGAGGCACUCCACUUAAUUGUUUAUAAGGCCAUGAGCACUGCUGUGUGUUUUAUGAUUGAAGCCUCUGUACAGCCUACGUUGGAUUUUUGCCAAAGACUGGAUAGCAUUGUUGGGCCCCAGCUCACAGUGCUGGCAUCUGACAUUUGUGAGCAAUUUAACAUCAACAAAAGAAUAUCUGGGUCUGAGAAGGAACCCCAGUUUAAGUUUAUCUACUUCAACCAUAUGAACUUAGCAGAGAAAAGUACGAUUCACAUGAGGAAAACACCCAGUGUGCCACUUACAUCUGUUCAUCCAGAUUUAAUGAAUUUGGGUGACAUCAACAGUGAUUUUGCUAGGGUAGAUGAAGAUGAAGAAAUCAUUGUGAAAGCAAUGAGUGAUUACUGGGUUGUCAGGAAAAAGUCUGACCAGCAGGAACUUUAUGUUAUUCUGAAUCAAAAAAAUGCAAAUCUGAUUGAAGUAAAUGAAGAGGUAAAGAAACUUUGAGCAAUGCAGUUCAAUAACAUAUUCUUCUUGGAUUGA